GUAUAUAAAUGUUUUGAAAAUCCGGUUUUUUGAUACUGUAGACGCUUUUAGUAAAUUUGAGUCACACCUUUUCAACAUGUACAAACUACUUGUAAUUUUUUUAAUUGUUAAUUACGAAUUAUCGGGGGUAAAUUCUUGUGGUGGUGGACCCACAAGACCUGAAUGUGACGAAUAUGAAUACCUUCCACAUCAAGAUCGCGCGAAUAUUUUAACAAAUCUGCCAGAUACAAUGGAAAUUGGACACUGUUCAUUUACAGGUACUCACAAUUCAAUGUCCUCCAUAACACCAAACCCAGAAGCGCAGACCCAAGAAAUGCCCCUAACGAAGCAGAUGGAGUCCGGAGUCCGAGUUUUUGAUAUCGGAGUCAGAACAUUAUUCGAUUAUUUCGCACUAUACUCCGGCAGCACAUCCUUGCAUUGGAUCUUCAUGGACGUAAUCCAUCUAAUCAACAAAUUUCUGGCCAAGCAUCCUCGAGAGUUCAUCAUUUUGAUAUUGAGACAAGAGUACAUGUCUCCUCUGGACGAUCUGCACCCUCAGAAUUGCGAUAUCCUUGCUAAGUACUUAACGGAAAACAUCGGGUGGCGCUUGACGAGGAACUGGACCCUCGCAGACACUCUUGACAAAGUCAGAGGAAAAAUUCUGCUGGCCACCAACGACAUAUCCUUCAUUAGCUGUCUCUUCGAGCUUUUCUCCAGGUGCUCUUACUUCAAAGAUAAAGACUCUUCAGGGUAUGACUCAAGUAUGUCGGUGAUUGACAAUAAGUUCAUCAGGUACCUUAGGUUCAUUGCAAAGAGCCUUAAUCAAGAGUACACUUGUUACAUUUAUGACCUGAGCAUUUAUGACAAGUCUCGUUACUUUAGCACGCAGGCUAAGUACGGCGGGUAUGAUUUUAAUAAUGAAUGCGUCGAGCCGCUUAAUCACAAGGUCAAUCGUUUAUAUCCUGGCAGCGAACCAAAGACUCUUACUAUUAUUAUCGUCGAUUUUGUUACUCAAGAACUGAUAGACCAUGUUCAUGAAAUGAAUGAGGUUCACGUAAAAUCUUAUUUAACUGGAUAA